UUUAUGCAUUAUUAUUUUUUAUGAAAUGAUGUAGAAUUUAUAAUAAUUCAAUAUCUUGUAUGAGUUAAGUAUAUAAACUUUAUAAAUAGCAAAAACAGUUUUAUUUGAGAUGGGUUUUAAGUGUACUGUUCCUCAUUGUUCAAACAUUAAUGGUUCCAGUUUUAAAGUUCCUAGUAAUAUGUGGAAACAAUGGGAAAAAGCUUUAGGGACAAACUUAAAAAAAUCAUCCAGAGUUUGUUCACUACACUUUAAACAAGGUGAUAUAAUUGAUUCUUGGGAGUCUGGCUCAGGAUUUAGUAAAUAUGUAAUUCAGUUAAAAAAAUCACGUCUAAAAAAUGGUGUUGUUCCUAUAUCAAUUUCCAAUAAUAGUAAAAUAUUAGACAACUCUUCAAUUUCUGAAUGUUUUGAGGUAUUAAGUAAUGAUAUAAGAGGUUGUAAAAUGAUCAAAGAUAAUCCAACAUGUGCUAAGAAAAUUGAGGUGGAAAAUGGUGUUAGUUAUGAGCUUUACUCGCUACAAGAAAAAAUGCUGUUAGAAAACAAUUAUACUGAAAUAGUUUUAGAAAAUGAAAAAUUAUUUCAACAAAUUUUAAAGAAUCGAAGUCUUAUUGAUAUUCCAUUAAACUGGAGUUGGAGAUUAUCAAGAAAAAAAAAAAAAGAACUUGUGAUAUCUUUUUAUAAAAUAAGUACUUAUUGCUAUGAUUACAUUCAACAUAUUGAAAAGCAAAUAUCUAUCACUGAAGGAUCUGAUAUAUUAAUAUUUGUUUAUGGGAAAAAAAUUUCAAAUGAACGAAUAAGCACUAUUAUCCCAAACAAUAUAACGGAUUUCCAAAAUUUUAUUUUGGAAUUAGAUAAAAUUAAAAUAUGUCAUGGAUCAUCUGAUACAAUAAAAUUUGCUCAUGUCAAGCAUUUUUUUGGUAAUAGUUACGAAGAAUACUUUAGCAGAAUAAGACACAUAAAUUGUUCCUUAUUAAUUGAUGAUAAUGGAGCAAUGUGUGUGUGGUGUAAAAAGUUACUGAGUUCUAUGCAAAACAAGCAUGUCAGAUUAUUGAAUGGAAAAAAAUGUCGAGAAUAUAUUUCAACUAUUGAAAAAGCGGAAAUAGAAAAUUUAAGAAUUUCUUUAAGGAACACAAACAAAAAAUUUAGAAGAGCUAGAAAAAGGAUAGAGAUAUUAAAGCACUUCUGGUGAAUCGUCAACAGAUUCCGAUAUUGCGGACUGUGAUCUAGUAAAAACUGCCAUCAGAAAGAAAAUCUCGUAGCCGCUAAAAGUUUAUUACCUCGAAGUGAGCCAUGUGACAUCACACAAGUUGUUUCUGAUAACCCUACUCAGCCGGUAUUGAAAAAUUAUUCACGAACAAAAUUUGGGAAAGAAUGGAGAAAUUUUCAUUCCGAGUGGUUUAAAUUGUACCCAUGUUUUGGAAAAUUCGUGUUAUUGCUUUCCUUGUCGAUUUUUUUCAACUGAUCCCUCUGGAUCACCGUUUUCUGAUUCAGGAUUUAAAAAUUGGAAAAAAGGUAUGGAAAAAAAUAGUGGUAUAAAGCAGCAUGACAAAUCAAUUUCACAUAAAUUAUGUACGACUAAAUGGGAAGAAUACAAAAUGACUGAAAAAACUGGAAAAUCUGUUUUAACUCUUAUUAAUAGAGAAAAUGAAACAGUUAUAAAAGAAAAUCGUUAUUAUAUUGCAACUGUUGCGGAAAUUUUACUUUUUACAGCCUGUCAAAACAUUGCUCAACGUGGAGAUAAUGAAAGUAGCGAUAGCAUAAAUAAAGGUAACUUCUUAGAACUUUUAAAUUUUUGUGCUAAAAGAGAUACUAGGUUAAAAAAAAAAAAAAUUGAUGAGUUACCUAAAAA